AUGUCGGUCGAGUUGUGUUUGGCUACAUGCUGGGACCACCAGUACGCAGGCCUCGAGAACGGCGAUCAGUGCUGGUGCGGCGACACGUUCAACCCAAGAAACAGCAGCGCCGUGAACGAGACUCUCUGCAAUGUCGCAUGCCCAGGCAAUACCACGGAGUACUGUGGCGCCAAGAAGACGAUGUUGGUGUACAAUCUGACACGGAUUGACUAG